CCAUAAUAGGGGCUUUCCCUCGGUCAAUUUAAUUUUCGAAAGAAGACUUUGCGAGCAGUUGUAAUGGAGCUGGUGUGCAAAAACAGAUUUGAUGUGCUUCAAUAUGAGGAUAGCACGAAAUUGUUAUGUGAUCAACAAGUAGACUUGGCAGAUGCCACGGCGUCACGCCACAAACCCUUGGACGGAAGAAACGAAGAAAAGACUCUGUUUACAAGUGAAUCGAUCUCCGGUAACAAGAAGUUUAAUCACGUGAGUUUCUCGGAGCACCUUACCAUCUUUCAAGACGAGACGGAUAACUCGUCAAACCAAUUAGAAAAGCAAAUCAGAAAUGCCCCGUCAACAAACAUCAAGGAAAUAAAGACUGCAAAAGAGACAAGACAAAGUUCCUCAAGAGAGUUAUACAGUAUUGGAGGAUCCGUCGAGAAUAACAACAACGUUGGCGAUAAUAUCAAUAACAACGGCACGGUGAGAUCAUCUUGGAAGAAAAACAGGAUGAAUUUGAAGUUGGCAUUGUGCUCAGACCCAAAAGAGAUGAAGAUAGUAAGGCGAAGUUCUCCAUGUGACAGCUCUACUAACGUUACUCUGAACAGGUGCUCAAUGACAACUCCAACUGGAACAUUAUUGCCAAGAAUCAUUCGGCAGCCCUAUUGUGCAAGACAAUGGCGCAAACCAGACAUCUGCACAAGUUUAGGGCGCUCUAUUACUAAAGGAGCAAGGUUCAUACGUGAUGCCCUUGGGAACCCUGUGGUAUCAUAUAUUGUUGGUCUUGCAACUAGUAUAGCUCUAGUACCAAUAGAAAGGGCUUUAUUUCCCGGGUCAUGUGACUCUGCUGGGAACAACACAGUUUUAGCUUUGUAGCACUUGUUUUAUAUUUUCAGUAUUUAAAUGUUUCUCAAUAUUUUUUUGGUAAAAUACAUUGGUGUCAACCACUGUAAUGAUUCAAAUAAGUGCCCUUUAAAUAAGGGCCACUCCACGAUAAGUACAGCCCUUUGACCUCGAAUUUUGUAAUAAGCGCCCCCUCCCUUACCCCUAAAAAGAUCUCCAACAAAAGCACCACUUGAAUAUAGUUUUGCUCUCAAUCAAUUCAGAAGCUUGUAUUUUCCAGUGAAGUGAAAUAAGGGCCCCUCCCCAAUAAGUGCGCCCUCUCCAGUUGGCACAUCCCACACCCCCUCCAAGAUUUGAAAAAUCAACUAAGCAACCAGAGGAUUUAUUCAAAUCAUUACAGUAUCUGCAUUAUGCCUAGAAUAUGGAAAGCAGACCCGGGUGGGAGAGAAAAACAGACAAAUUCAAUUUUAAACCUAAGGGAUAGCACAUUGGGUGUGGUCAAAGGAAUUUUUAACCCUAAGAAAAAGUUUAUUUAUUAUCCCGAGGGGGGGGGGCGGGAGGAUUUUGAUAAAAGUAAGGGAUAAAAUAAGUUGACUCCCCCCCUUCAGGAGGAACAAAAUUUUCCAUGCCCCCCCCUUACGCUUCCCCCAUAUUUGCGGUGCCCCCCCCCCCCCUCACGAAAAUUGAAGAAAGAAGGAGCAAAGAAAGGAACGGCAAUGACAAUGUUUAAGAAACGCGAUCAAGAGAUUAGCUGCAAGCUGGACA